AGCACUCGCUGUUUAUCGUUCUCUUGCUUCUAUCUUAUUAAUUCAUUAAUCUGCUAUUGCAGCAUUGUAAACGCUCGUGCUUUCAAGUUAUUUAUGUCUAUAAAUUUAUUUUAACAAUUAAUUUAAUCAAUUUUAUUUUUAAUAAAUUGUUUAUAUUUGUAUAAACUCUAUAUUUUUUUAUUUGUAACAUAAUGUUGAAAGGUGGCGUAUAAUUGUUAAAAUAACGGGUACUUGUUACAAUACCUGUCUGCGCAUUUAUUUGUGCAGCUCACGAGUACCUAUUGCCGCUUCUCAUCUAUUUUAGUGACUUAUAAGGUGCGAUAAUUCAUAAUGGCGGAAGCGCAUUCAGCAGUGGCGUUUUCAUUUGCAAUUACGCACGAUGGUUGGGAUGUAAACUUUGACCGUGAGGUCCUUUACUUAGUAUGGGAAUCUGGCGUCAGGUCCUGGAAGAAACGUCUCGUAAGAUUUAGGAACAGUGUACACAAUGGAGUAUAUCCUGGACAUUUGCAAUCCCUUUAUGUGUUAUGGACAUUAUUGGUUGCUGCUCAUUUCGGUGGCAUCAAUAUACCAUUCAACUUAGUAAAUAAAGCUUCAAUAAUCCUACCCGGCGACUCAACUAUGUGGCAAAUCAUUGCUUGCUUAUUAGCAGCUCUCACAAUGUGGCUUUCUGUUAUAUUCUUUAUGCGGUAUCUUCUCAAACUGCUGCUGAUAUACAAGGGUUGGAUGUAUGAAUCCAGAUCACCUGGUGCUAAAAUAUCUAGAAAAACACUGCUGUGGAUAGCUGUUGUAAAGGUGCUCUCAGGGUGGAAUAAACCAAAACUGUACAGUUUUCAAGGAUCACUGCCAAGGCUUCCCUUACCUUCCGUUCGAGAUACCAUGAAACGGUAUCUUAUUAGCGUUCGCCCAUUAUUAGAUGACGAAAACUUUCAGAGAGUUGAAAAACUAGCAAAAGAAUUUCAAGAAACAAUAGCUGUUAAGCUCCAGCGAUACCUUAUUUUGAAGUCAUGGUGGUCCAGCAACUACGUGUCUGAUUGGUGGGAGGAAUAUGUGUACCUACGUGGUCGAUCACCUCUAAUGGUAAAUUCAAACUUCUAUGGGAUUGAUGCUAUCCUAUUAAGACCAACUAAGAUACAGGCAGCGCGCGCAGGCGUCGUCAUUCAUCUUUGUCUUAAGUUUAGAAGGCUUAUUGAUAGACAAGAAUUGGAACCGAUAAUGCUACAAGGUAUGGUGCCACUAUGUUCGUGGCAAUAUGAGAGAUUGUUCAACACGGUCCGUGUGCCUGGAAUUGAAACAGAUAAAAUAGUGCAUUAUGAGGACUCAUCACACAUUACUGUAUACCACAAGGGGAGAUAUUUCAAGGUCAUUGUGUACUCCAGAGGACGUUUGCUGCAACCCGCAGAAAUACAAGUACAAAUUCAACAAAUCCUAGAUGACGACUCACCACCCGCGGUGGGUGAAGAGAGACUAGCUGCGUUGACCGCGGGAGAGCGUACCCACUGGGCUCAUAUCAGGCAGACGAUGUUCAAUAGAGGACACAAUAGAACUUCCCUGCAUUGUAUAGAACGUGCUGCAUUUAACGUAUGCCUGGAUGACCAAGAGUAUGGUUAUGAUGAGAAUGAUCCACCCUCAUUGGACAGGUAUGGGCGUAUAUUGCUACACGGAAAAGGCCACGAUCGUUGGUUUGACAAAUCUUUCAACUUAUGCUUCAGUAAAACUGGCUUUGUCGGCUUCAAUUCAGAACAUACAUGGGCAGAUGCACCAGUCAUGGGUCAUUUAUGGGAAUAUGUUAUUUGGUCAGAGCUAGAAAUUGGGUACAAACCGGAUGGCAACACUUUCGGUGUAGUAGAAACUCCUCCGCCUACACCGAUUCGUCUACAAUGGGAUCUUUCAAACGAAGAUUUGCUGAAGGGUAUCGAUGUUUCUUACAACGUCGCACAAAAAUUGCUCAACGACGUCGACCUUAGAAUACUUAUGUACACCAAAUAUGGCAAAGGUUUCAUGAAGAGUUGCAGAGUGUCACCGGACGCCUUUAUACAGUUGAUCUUGCAACUGUCGUACUACCGAGACGCUGGCCGCUUCUGCCUCACAUACGAAGCUUCUAUGACGAGGAUGUUCCGCGAAGGCCGUACCGAGACAGUCAGACCCUGCACCAUUGAGAGCUCUGCCUGGGUGAAAGCCAUGUGCGACCCUAACGCAUCGAUCGAGACGAAGGUGAAUCUCUUCAGAAAAGCGUGCCAACGACACCAGUUGGGGUACCAAGACGCGAUGGCUGGACGCGGUAUCGACCGUCACCUGUUCUGUCUCUACGUCGUCUCCAAAUAUCUGGAACUUGAGUCCCCGUUCCUGCAAGAGGUGUUUAACGAACCAUGGCGGCUGUCCACCAGUCAAACACCACACGGUCAAACAAGCAUGUUGGAUCUGAAGAAAAACCCGAACUGCGUAAGCGCAGGUGGUGGCUUUGGCCCAGUCGCUGACGACGGCUAUGGAGUAUCAUAUAUCAUCGCGCGGGAAGACACGAUAUUCUUCCACGUUUCAAGCAAGAGAAGUUGCCCUAUAACGAGCUCAUCAAACUUCGUGCAACAAAUCGAGAACUCAAUGAAAGACGUUCAAGAACUAUUUAUUGAAUACAACAAACUUCAGAAUGGUGCUAAAUCUUAACGCGCUUUCUAGUUUCUUUUAGAUUAAUAUUAUUUUAAUUUUGUUGUUGUUGUAAUAUCUAGUUAAUGAAAUAUUUUUAGUGUAGUAUUUGUAGGCAUGAAUUAACAUUUUAAGCGAAAACUCAGUGCGUUCACUCUUACAUUUUGUUGCUACAAUUAUGUUUUAUAAAUACUAUGUAUAUAUAGCUGUUGCAAUAUUAUAUAUAUUAUUGCACGGUCAAGCAAUACAAAUCAAUGUCUUUAUAAACUCAGAAAAACAGGGUUUCAGUGACUGACGAUAUCUUUGAUUAAUGUAUUAUAGUUAUGAAUAAGUAUAUUUUGGUGAGUUUAUAAUAAUCUAUACAUAUGAAGUUUACAUUAAAGUAAGCACACGGCAAACUUACUGACGUGCGUGUCGAUGCUGUGAUAGCAGAGCGUUUUUAUACUCAUUAUAUUUAAUAUGAAAUGACAGAAAUUCUAUACAGAAUAAAACAAAUGACAUAACAUUAUAUACAAAUAUAACAAAUGACAACAUUAUAUACAAAUAUAUCAAAUGACGUUAACAUUCUAUACAAAUAUAUCAAAUGACGUUAACAUUCUAUACAAAUAUAUCAAAUGACAUAACAUUGUAUACAAAUAUAUCAAAUGACAUAACAUUCUAUACAGAAUAUAUUAAAUGUUUUUUCACAGUUCGUAGUCUAUUUAACGAUUACGUUUGCUUUCCAAUUCCUCUAUGCUAACCAUAGAAUAUCGAUUCUACUCCUCUCACUAUCAUUAUCACUAAUCCAUGAAUAUUGCAACUAAUUCUAUCAUAUACAGGUAUCAAUCAAACGUAAUCUAUAAAAUCUCUGUGUAAUAAAUAUCAGAUAUAAUUGAAUACGCUUGCCACCGCUUAAAUUGAGGAGACUUUAACGUUAUCAAUAUUUUGAUAAGUCGAUAAAGUAAGUAGGUAAUCAAUUAUUAAUUAUAUACAAUUGUAAAAUUUCUAGGAGUUCAUGACACUAUUAAAUCUGAUGUUAGUAAAAUAUAUUGUGUCGAUAGCCAAAUAUACUCAGUAACUAAUGGGCGCCAUUUAGUGGAGUGAUAAAGUGUAACAAUGCUGGCUCUAUGCGAUUUAUCAGUAGCGUAAUUGGUUCUCUUGCGAUUUUAACCCUGAUAUUUUUUACAACUGCUGUAGUCUUUACGUUGAUAAAAUUAUCAUCUUCAUUUCAGCCGUUGAUUGUCCACUGCUGAACAUAGGCCUUCCCAAUGAGGGCGGUUUUGCCGGUAGUUGCCAUGGCUGGCAGGCGGGUUGGCAGCUAUAGCUAGGUUUUAGUGAUGUUUUAAGAGAGACACCGCUGUCCAUCCUUCAACUAUUAAAGUCCGUUAAUCUUCUCUUAGAACACUCACCGGAAACGCCUAUUCUAUACUGGGACCACAUGGUUGAUAAAAUAGUUUAUAUUAAAAAAAUUACUGUGCCUCUGUGAUAGGAGGAGUUUAAAACUCAUAUUUAUACAAACUUAUGGACGUAAAAGUGAACGCAAACGUAGAACUGCAUUUACUUUGUGGGACAAUUUUUGGCUCUAAAAGAGCUUCAGAGAAGCCUACUAGACCUGUUUCAAUAUCGAUUCGGAGUUACUAAAUUUGACAAAAAAAAAAACGCGUAGAAUAGGGCGCCUGUAAUGUGGAUCCUUAGUUUUCAUGUAGAUUCAGAAUCCAACGGCACCUUUUUUAUUUUAUUAGUUUACUUGACAAUCAGUUCGUAGAUCAUUCGAGUUGGCUUGAUAUUACUCUUGGAAUGGUAAAAUGGCCCCAAAUGGAGUUUGGAUUGGUACUCAACGAAUUGGUGGCACUGAUUUGUAAACUGACAAUCAUUAUACAAUACAAAACUGCAUGAAACGUAUAAUUCAUAAAAGUACUCAGACGACAAAAAAAAAUCUGAUUCUUUGCAAGUACAAUUUCUCACCUGUACAGACCUACAAAAAGAGAGUCCUAGUUCAAAGAUCAGAAUUAGAUGAUCGUCUAAAGCCAGCAUACUAUUAGUAUAAUUAUUGUACCAAUAUUAUAUAUAUAUAUAUUUCCUACGUGAGAAUGAAAUAAUGUGUCAUGUUUUGGGGCCUCUUAGGUUUUAAUAUAACUAAUAGAUAUGGAAUGAGACAUCUAGGUGGAUCUGUGUUUAGUAAUCUGAAAACAUUGGACUAUAUCCCAACGAAUUAUUUUCGAUUUGGGAUUUUUCAGCUAAUAGAAACUACUAUUUUAUUUUAAUAUGUCUUGCAUAUAAGCUAUAUAAGAUAUAUUUUACAAUCUUGAUGUUUUGUAAAUAAAGAGAAUACUAACAAUACUUUUUGCUUUUAAGUGCAUUUUAAUUAUAAUAAUUACUUAGACUAAUAGUUCCAUGAGACCAUAGAUAUAACUAGAGCUUUUGGUUGAGGCAGGUCACCAAACAUGUUUUGUUAUGGACUCAGAUAUAAACAUUUUGUCGUGUCGUAACAUCUUAACGUUUCUAUGUGUUUGAAUUUAAACAGUAGUUAUAUGUAUAUACCAAUAUAUGUAUAUAGAGCCAAAUAAUGGAUCAAUAUGUACAUAUUUUUGAACUGUGACUUCGUGUCGUGUGUUUAUAUCUGCAGUCACCAUAUGAAAUAGAUCAUCUCGUGAUUUGUACCUAUGUACAUAAAAAAGUAUAUAUAAAAAAUAUAUUUAUAAAAAAGUUUACAAAUUUUUAGAUACUCUUUAAAGUUUUUAGAUUUAUAAUUUUAAGGAACAAUUAAUAAAAUCAAACGUGAUAUUCAAGAUCAACAAAUAGCCUCUCAUGUUAUGAAGAGCCUUUUUGCCGUGCCAACUAUUAUUUAUUUAGUGGCCGUGCCCACCCCGUUGCUAUCUUGUUAUGCCUAUGCUUGGAACUGGUGUUUUUUCUGGAAUUUGUAUUAAGUACAGCAACAAAAUACAGAUUAAAUAUGCAGUUAUAUUUAUUUUAAAUCAAUACUCUAUAACAAUUACAAUAUAAAAUUCUGUCCAUUAUCUUUAGGUAUACAUAUUUUAUAUAGGGGGUUGAUAUUGGGUAACUUUAUAACUUUGUUUUUAAAAUAAAUCUGUUGUAUUUUUUAUUUUAAUCUUUUAUUCUUUUUAUUCAUACAAUUGUUUUUGUUCAAUACAAUACAAUACAAUUCUUUUUAUUCAUACAACUGUUCAAUACUACUUGUGCCUUGUAAACAGUGAUUAAGCUCAUGGGUCCAAAAGUGUGAUUUUUUUAUACAAUGCAAUGUUACCUAGACUGGAACCCUCUAUUUACACUAAUGCAAUAAUCAAUAUUCCGGUAAUUGUCUUUAUAAAAUUUACAAGUUUUUAUUAGUCUAUUGUAAAUAAAUAUAAUUAUUCAACUA